AUGGCCACGACGAUGAACAAAACAAUGCGGCCAAUGGUCGGAAUUAUGAACGGCUGGAGGGCACCGUUAGUUCGUUCGAAAGCAACGAAAGUAUCGGCGGCCACAGCUGAAGAUAUGUCCGUUUCCAUGGGAGCCGCAUCAGAGGCCAUUUUCAAACGCGAAGACAAGUACGGAGCGCACAACUAUCACCCUUUGCCCGUAGCCCUCUGCCGAGGCCAAGGAGUGCGAGUUUGGGAUGUUGAGGGACGCGUCUACUACGAUUUUUUAAGCGCGUAUUCAGCCGUCAAUCAGGGCCACUGUCAUCCACGCAUCAUCAAAGCUCUGCAUCAACAAGCCGACAUACUGACCUUAACUUCGAGAGCAUUCUAUUCGGAUGUUUUGGGAGAGUAUGAGGAGUAUGUUACGAAGCUUUUUGGCUACGAUAAAGUUCUUCCAAUGAACACGGGAGUUGAAGGUGGAGAGACGGCUUGCAAAUUGGCUCGCAAAUGGGGCUACACAGUCAAAAAGAUUCCCGACAACCAGGCCAAGAUUGUUUUUGUCGAAGGCAACUUCUGGGGCCGCACCAUGGCUGCCAUUUCGAGCUCCACAGAUCCAUCCAGCUACGCCGGAUUUGGCCCAUACAUGCCGGGCUACGUCAUCAUUCCUUACAAUGAUUUGGGCGCUCUAAAGACGGCUUUGGAAGACCCGACUGUCUGCGCAUUCAUGAUGGAGCCGAUUCAAGGCGAAGCCGGAGUGGUUGUUCCUGAUCCCGGCUAUCUCAAAGGUGUAAGGGAGCUUUGCACGAGAAACAAAGUUCUAUGGAUUGCCGAUGAAGUGCAAACAGGCUUGGGUCGGACGGGCAAACGCUUGGCCGUCGACCAUGAAAACGUAAAGCCAGAUAUUUUAGUCCUCGGUAAAGCCCUGUCCGGUGGUGUUCUUCCCGUCUCCGCUGCACUAACCAACGAUGAUGUCAUGAUGACCAUCAAACCUGGAGAGCACGGUUCGACAUUUGGCGGAAAUCCUUUGGCCUGCAAAGUUGCUAUGGCAGCGUUACAAGUUCUUGAGGAAGAAAAACUUGCAGAUAAUGCAGAAAAACUUGGUCAAAUUUUAAGGGGUGAAAUGCAGGAACUUCCCAGCUCAGUGAUCAAGUUGGUGCGAGGAAAAGGAUUGCUAGACGCCAUCGUUAUCCAACCAGAAUUUGACGCCUGGGAAAUUUGCCUACGGUUGCGUAACGAAGGAUUGCUCGCAAAGCCAACUCACGGUGACAUUAUUCGUUUUGCUCCGCCAUUGGUCAUCAACGAGAAGGAAAUGCUUGAAUGCACAUCCAUCAUUAAAAAAGUUGUUUACUCGUACGUCAAAUGAAACACAAAUUCGCUUCCUAAAUAAUCCUUUCAUACGAAGAUAUUUUGUGAGGGCUUCCUUUUCGUUGCGAUUGUUUUUCUCUUAAAGCCAGCAUCGGAAAACAAUUUUCCAAUAUCCCCGUUCUUCUGUCUGUUAUCUUUUCACUUCUUCAAUUGAAUUAUUCAACAAAAAAUUUUGAACGAUUUUGGUCGGAUUGGGUAAGACGAGAAUGAAAUAUAUUUACAUCGUUGCCUGAAAAAGGAAUAAAGAUGCUAUGAUUCCUA